AUCACUAUCUACCUGAGGGAUGGUACGCGUUCAUAAAAGGCAAACAAAUGUCCACAACCUGCUGUUAUCGAUCCGGUUAUUGCGAUACUCAUUAUCAGGGACGGUUAACUGGAAGUCAUCCAACAGUUGACGACGGGAUAGUCAGCCGCCAAGUGUACUUCGGCUAUUACUACGAGUACAAUGUAAAUUUUUAUAAAUAUAGAUUUAGCAUUUACAUAAAGGUGCGCAACUGUGGUCCUUUCUACAUCUACAAACUGAAACCCACACCAACGUCAGAGUAUACUCGUUAUUGUACCGAAUAAAAGUAACGAAGUCAACGAUAACAAAACACAGAGGAAGAUCUUGAUCUUCGUGAAAAAUACUAUAGCUGAAAUGUAUACAUUUAAGUUGACUGCCGCCUCGCAUAAUUAACGAGAUACAUGUAACUAGUUCUAAAAGAAGGGAGCUAAGGUUAAAGAAUAUACGAUUUACUGAAAGUUGUUAUUAAUACACUGUAGACCCUUCCACGGUUUUUUUUUAAUCAACUUAUUACAAAGACCAUUUAGGGAAAAUCCGUUGAUACCACUGGAAAGGGCGCCUUAAAAUUUGUAAAACUGCCAAGUUUAAAAGUGCUACAUCUUAUAAGCGAGCGAAGAUAAAGCUCCGCAAAGUUACGAAAAUUUACAGACGUUUGUAUGGUGGGGGGAAGAACUUGCCAUGUCAAAAGUUGAAAAAAAAAAUCAGGUGGAAAGGUCUAUCCCUUCUAUUACUGAUUAGAAUAAUCCAACCAAAAUACUUUCAAAAAUUCUGCAAAUUAAUCGACUAUGAGGUAAUCACUAUCACAUCAAAGGCAAGGGAUAAGGCAAAAGAGCGAUCCAAAUCGACAACUUUGCACGGUUAUCAUGCUCUUUCGCCGUCGGGAUUUCCCUUUCGUAAUUGGUCGCUGCCAUUUUUUAGGACACUUUUAGAAACACAGUGUUUCUAUUAAAGAGAAGGAAGAUCGCAACCCAGGGUCAAACCCGGACCUAGAAACCAGACUCGUUACUCAAAACUAAUUUUUCCUUUUACCCUCACCGUCGUCGCGUAGUCGUUGCUUAAGCUCUCCAUGG